GCCAGGGGUACAGAUAAAGAUCACACCUACCUAAAGCGUAUAUAUAUACUUACGAACAAACACCAGGCAGGUAUCGUAAAUAGGUAUAUAAAGCGAUGUGCAUACCUUAGGUACUACCUUCCUACUGCUACUGCUGAUCUACCAUUGCAUCGGAUUCUGCUCCUCUGGUCUCCAUUUUCUGCUUUCCUCCCCUUUCUCUAUUCCCCCCUCCCGGUUUAUGCUCGGUAGAGGUGGUAGGCAGGGAUAUCCAGUCACCAAUCAUAUUUAGUUGCCGUUACAAUGAGGCCUCUCUCCACGUCCGUCUUCUUAAUCGCAUUGUCAAAUGGUCUGUCGGCUUUCGCGGCCUCGAGGUUCGCCGGAAUCCCCGUGGCCCCCUUUACUCCUUCGAAUGGUGGGACCUACAAGAUCUCUUCGCUCAGGGCCCUAGUGGUGGACUCCAAGUUCGCCCAGAGCCGCGACGAGACCGGCGAGACUCUGAUCCCCCCGACUCUUCGGGAGUUCGCUGAGACUUUUGCCGACGACCUGCGCGGCACCCUGGCCGCCGAUAUCGACGUCUCCGAUGCCGAAAAGCCCCCAUGGGAUACCAUCUUCCUCACGCUAGGAGAUGCCAGCAAGUAUACCGACGCCGCCGGCGCCCAGACUUCCGAAGGGUACACGCUCUCGGUAGAUUCGUCCGGCAUCGUCAUCUCGGGCGCCAGUCCGCUCGGUGUAUGGUGGGGGACGCGGACCGUCUUGCAGCAGGCCAUUCUCUUUAACGGCUCGGUGCCGUAUGGAGUGGGAGAUGACGCCCCCGGCUGGAAAACUCGCGGUAUGAUGCUCGACGUUGCUCGGCAUUUCUACCCGCCCGAGUUUGUGAUUGAGUUAUGCUCGUACAUGAGCUUUUUCAAGCAGAAUACCUUCCAGAUACAUCUGAGCGAUAACUUGUACAAUAACGUCGGGCUCUACUCCAGAGAGGAGUCUCUGCAGCUGUACGCUCGGUUUCGCCUGUGGUCUGAUUCUCCGGACGUGGCUGGUCUGAAUAAGUACAAGAACGAGUCGUACACUAGGGAGCAAUAUGAGGAGAUGGAAACUGCCUGCGCUUCGCGGGGGGUAACCGUCAUCCCCGAGAUCGAGGCCCCGGGACACGCCCUCGUGAUCGUGCAGUGGAAGCCCGAGCUGGCUCUCAGUAACGACAUCGCGCUGCUGAACAUCUCCCAUCCGGACACUAUACCCACGGUGAAAACCAUCUGGAGCACUUUCUUGGACUGGUUCCAUUCCAAGACGGUCCACAUUGGCGCGGACGAGUACCGCGGCGACGUGAGCGACUACAACCGAUUCGUCAACGAGAUGGCCGAUUACAUAUAUCGGGAGUCUGGCAAAGCCAUCCGCAUCUGGGGCACGUUUCCUCCGAAGCCGGAAUACGACAACAUCAGCCGGAACGUCUCGAUCCAACACUGGGCCUUCUUCGAGGACAACCCGUACCACGACUACAUCCUGAAUAACUACACCGUGCUCAACUCGGACGACGCCUACUACGUGGUUAACAAGUGGUCGAGGAGCUACCCGCCGGUCCUGCCCUUCGGCUGCACCUUCGGCGGAAACCCGGCGACGGGCGGUGCGUGGCAGCCGCACGUCUUUGACCUGAAGAACGCUAGUAACAACGCUGAGAGGGCGAACCCGCUCGUGCGCGGCGCCGUGACGCCGCUGUGGAACGACUACGGCGCCAACGCGACCGUGUUUUCGGAAGCGUAUUACGCGUGGAGGGAGGGGAUCCCCGCGCUCGCCGACAAGCAGUGGGGCGGCGACCUGGCCGCGGCCGAGUUCGCGUCGUCGUUCGCCGCCCUGCACCCGUUCGUGCCCGGCCAGAACCUCGACCGCGCCAUCCCGUCGGCGGGCCCCACCAUCUUCAACUACACGGCGGGCUCGGUCGCUGCGGCGGCGGCGGCGGCGCACCGCGGCACCCCCGCGCUCGCGCGCACCGACGUGGUCACCGUCGAGGACCUCUCCGGCAACGGCUACGACGCGUCGACCGACUGCCCGCUCGCGGACGACGAGGAGGACGGCGGGGCGCCGGCGCUGCGCGUCGGCGAGGCGUGCGCGCUCGACACGCCGCUCGCCUCCAAGGGCCGCGACUACACGCUGACGCUGCGGCUGCGCGUGGACGCGGCGGCGGCGCCGGGCGCCGACGCGACGCUGCUGCAGGGCGCCGACUCGGCGCUGCUGCUGACGCCGGGACUCACGCUGUUCGCGUCGGGCUCGCACUACCGGCUCAACCUGACGCUGCCGCUCGGCGCGUGGGUCGACGUCAGCGUCGCCGGCCGCGGCAACCAGACGUUCGGCCGCGUGCGGCCCGCCGCGCUCGGCGAGCCGCUGCCGCGCCCCGGGUCCCCGCCCGCCGCCGGGGAGCGCGAGGAGGAGUUCCUCGCCACCCUCGGCGUCAACGGCGAGUUCCUCGUCUGGGCCCCCGUCGCCAUCGAGGCCCCCAUCCGCCGCCUCGGCGGCCCCGGCGCCGCCUGGGAAGGCCGCCUCGCCGCCAUGAGCCUCAGCUCGGUCGCGUGAGAGCGACGCGGGGAGGGGGAAGAAGGACGGGCACGGAGGGCGAGGGGGAGGGCGGUGAGCGGGCGAGCGUAUGGAUGCGCGCGGUCGCUACAUAGGUAGUUAGGUGAUAUGCAUACGUAUUGAACAGAGAAGCCUUUAGCAGAG